UGCCUAGGAGAUGGAGAGAAAUGCUGGCCGCUUCCGGGAGCUGCAUGGAGCCAGGGUACGCAGGGAGCCUGCCUUAGUCCCACUGCACUGCCGACCAGACUUUUAACGGCUCAGUCAGCGGUGCUGAUCGGAGCUGCCAGAAUCCCUUUUCAACCAGGCACUCCGGUUGAAAACUGGACGCCUGGCAACCCUAGGAUUAAAACAUCAAAGACACAUGAAAGUAUUUAAGGCCACCUAAAUGACAGUAAAUUACACAAUUGGAAAAUUGGUAAAAUUAAAGGGAAGAUUCCAUGUUUUUGAAAAUUAAUUUUAUGACAUUGAUUAUACAAUUCAAUAUAUAUAAUAAAAUGGAGACUGGAUUCAAAAUCUACAACUGCUGAGAGAUUGUAUGUUCUAAUUAACAAAGGAUGGAAAAUGUUUAAGCAUCAAAAGAAAGUAUUUGGAAAGAGUGUCAAGUAAGAUUUCUUACGAAUAGCCUUCUGAACUAUGCAACUUUCCCUUCUCUCUCAGGUCGCAAGAUUGCAUACCAGGUAAAAUCUUUUUUAUUAUUAGGAAGAAUAUAUUAAAACGUGGUUGUAAUCAGAGAAGUGACUAUUAAAAACCGGCACCUUCGUACUCUAAAUUUCUGCUUCUUGUGUACCUUCAAUUUAUAUCUGUUUACUUAAUGGACACAAACAAAUUUUAAAUACUGUUAGCACUGCAGAACCAAUACAGUUUUAUUUGAAAGAGCUGUAUGCAUUGUCAACAGAAUUGUCAGUUAAAUUCUGAGUUUAGGAUCUUUUGUACUAGUUAGUGAUGAUGUAAGGAGGCAGUAAUAAUGCAAUUGGAUUUUCAGGUCACAGUGCUGGUUAUAGAAAAAUCAUUUUGAUAUAUGUACUGACCAUACUGGAUCUGGUCAUGCUUGAGGGAGAGUUACAUAUGGGACACCACAGUGUGAUUUUUAGAGUCAAUUUUUUUACUAUAACAGCAUUUUUAAGGUUUAUUUUCCCUAUGUAAGGAAAGUGAUUAAGCAAAUCAUUAACCAAAUGCCAUGCUUCAGAUGAACUUUGUUUUGCUGAAAGUGUCUUUUUUAUUAUCUUAAAUUUUAAAAAGUUAAGUUUAAAAACAAAAGUUUGUUCCUGAAUAAAGACCCAGUGUUUUCAGCUGUUGUAAACCUUUAAACAACUAUAAGCCCUGCUAUAUAUAAGUACUUGAUAGCACAGCUGAGUUGUCUAGUCUUUUGGAAAGAAACUCAAAGGUUUAGGCAAGCUUGUGUGUAGACUGAGUUCUGUGAUGCACUUUGUGAGCAAGAAUGAUGGAAAGCUUUCCCCAUUUUUCAGACUCCACUGAAACUGAUGCGGUUUCAUGAUGGGUGAAUUUAACCUAGCAUCUAGAUAGUAUUCUGAAGCACUUUACACUUUUAUUACAGCACUUCAUUUAAGUUAACUGAUAGAUUCACACACAUUUUAUAAUAAUGACCUUAGGUUUAUAUUAUAACUCUUAUGUAUUUUGAAUUUAAAAUACUUAUAAAAUUCACACUAUCACAAGUAAGUCAGUGACAACUUCUUUCAUCAGAAAGAACCCAAGAUACUUUAAAAAUGGAGAUUGGCAUACAAAUUGUAUUCAGGGAUUACUUCAUCGACUGUUGAAAUUCAGCCAGUGUUGAGCAGCAUGCAACAAUAAUACUUAAACUUAGUAAAGGAAGUGGAAAAUGUCUUCUAAAAAUGAAACUGGAAAGGAGAGUUUAGAUAGGCAGAAUGGGAGUAUCCAUAUUAGAAUUUAUUCAGGACAUCAGGGUUAACAUGAUUUAGCAGAAUAAUCAUGGGAUCUUUAACAACAGUAAAUUGCUAAGAACUUAUUUUACACCUUCUGCAUAUUUUGCAGUACAGUGCUCUACAACAGAGCAUUUGAUGAAGCACUGACUCUAAAGAAAGAAUACCAGAUAUUUAAAGACCAAUACUACUUCCAGAAGGUUCCUUAGGAUUCUCACAUCCAAAUUCUGGCUCAGUCCAUCCUGGCUUUUACUAUGAUUCUGUCAGCUCUCACAAUUACUAUUGAAUUUAGACUUUUGAUAGCAUAGGUGCUGGAACUAGGGGUGUUGUGGGUGCUACAGCACCCCCUGGCUUGAAGCGGUUUCCAUUAUAUGUAGGGUUUACACGUUGGUUCAAUGGCUCUCAGCACCCCCACUAUAAAAAUUGUUCCAGCACCCCAGUUUGAUAGUUGUAUUUACAUUUUCUUUGAGUGAAACAAACACAUUCACUACUGCCUUUAGAAGUGUAAACACAGUAUUUCCUGAAUCACUUAUGUUUUUUAAAGGUCAGAUUAACACAGAUUGACAGCUUUAAAACUGAUUCAGUGAAGUCAAGAAGAUCUAAACCUGAUAUUAUCAUAAUGCCAAAGGAAUCAGGUAAAAGUAGAUCAUAUUGUUCUUGUCUGAGACUAUUAUUUGAAUAUUUAACGCACUGAAGACUAAAAUUGAUAGGAGUGUCUAAAUCUCUUUUUAUGUGUUUUAUCUGCAUAAGCACUCUUAUUAAGGAUAAUGCUGUAUUGUGUUAGCUUUUUUGUUUUGUUUAUUCUAUUAACGAUUGCUUGGAACUUUGAUGCUUCUUAAUUAAAGGGAGGUAAAUAGCACAGACUAGCUCCAAACAUAGUGCUAUUCAAGUUUGGGGCUUCUCUUGUUCUGAGUAGCGACUGUUUGUUCUGUGGUGAUUCUGAGAUGUGGCUAAGGAUCAGUUUAGGCUUCUUAAUUAUAUUAAAUUACAAAACUGUGUUUUGGUGAAUUGAUUCAGGACUCCUGAAUCCUAGAUACUGUUUGGCACCAUAGUUAUGAAGUUAAAAUGCUUUGAAUAUUAGCCUUACAACCUUCUUGAUGUCUUGAGAUAUUCUGGGCUUUGUGGGAGCCCAGCACAAAUUAGAGCAGUCUCAUUUAUGCUAGAGAUCUAGCCUGGCACAGAGCAGCUCCACUGUAAAUAAAGAGGGCAGUACUGUUCAGAAAUGGAACUCUAGUUUAGAAACAUUAUUACAUACACUUGUUGAUAGAGUAAUCUCAGUGUGAAUAUAAGCACUGUUACUCAAGAAGUGAAAAGUUGCAAAGACAAAUUGUCCCCUGCGGAUACUGCCUCAUUCUAAGCAAACUGUAGCUACUUAUGAUAGAGCUCUUAGUGUUCUGUCUCCCUUACACUGUGGCAAUACUUGUAUAACUCAUCAGGCCAAUAAAGUAUUACUGAAUUGAAAUAAAAUUAAUUGAAUUGAUUUUGGUUGCCUGUCUGUGUGAUUGGGGCAUUACAAAUACUGAUGGAGGGGAAGUGCAAAAAUAAGAGUGAGGUAAGCCUUCUGACAGGAGGAGAUGGAACAGCUAGGGAAGAUGCCAAGGACAACCAUGGGAGGAGGAAUUAUUGACAUCACAUAUGCACCAGAGCAAUGAAGAAGUUAAUGAAAUGAUGUCAAAGAUUCUGGGAGAUUUGGAACCAACAGAAGUAAUACCUAGGAAACAGUUACCUUUGAAGAAUCUUCAGGAGAUCAUUGCUCAGAAAAAGCGAAAUAUUUAUGUAGACGCUGAUGUUUCACAGAAGAUUAGGUGGGCUUCUGAAAAAAGGAGAAGAAUACUUUUGGAAAAAAGGAGAAAAAGAUUUAUUUUCACAAAAUCAAUACUAAGGGCCACAAGAAAUGACAGCUGGAUUUCCAGAAAAAACAAUAAAACACAAAUAUGUAUGAUAAAAAACAAACAGACCAGUAAAGGCAAAAUGCAGGAACAAGUUAGGAAUAUAAAGUUUAGAAAUCAGAAACAAACUCAUAAAUGUGUCAGAAGAUUAUAUCGCGGUGCUGGAAAAGCCAAAAAACAAAAAACAUUAAAAUAUACUAAAAAUAUUAAGAACAGAAAAGCUAACUGCAGAAAAAAGAACUCAAUAAGUAAUGCCAAGAAGGAGCAAACGUUAGUACUGAAGGAAAGAAGAAAAAGAGAAAUACACAUACAGAAAAGAGUAAAGGAUUUUAAAAAUCCAGUAAUUCACGAUAACUCAUCCAAUUAUUUGUCAGUUUAUGUUACACCAGUUACUGUUCAGAGUAAAUUAUCAAAAAGACUAAGGAGAAACCUAAUUGGUUUUAGAAGAAAUACAAGAGAAACAUCUUUGAAUAAUUUCUUGCAGAAAUUUGGUGAUUUUCUUAAAUACUUUGCAAGACACAGAACAGUUGGUAAUGAAAAAGUUACAGGAAUUGAUAUUAGUCUUAAAAUAAAAAAAUCCCCAAAUAAGUCUCAUGUUCCCAUAGGAACACAAAAACCAAACAUGAAAAUUCUAAUAUUAUCAAAAAGUACUGCUCAGCCUCCAGGAAUACUGUCCUUCCCAAAACAUAUGGGAAGAGCUGAAAAGAAAAGAAAGAUGUCACACAUGAACUCUUGGAAAACUCCUCAUUCUGUUUCUUUUAAAAAAAUAAAGCAUAAUUCCGAGCAUAAAUUCAGACUCAAGACAUUUAAAACAAAUGAACAGAAUAGUGUUUUAAAAACCAAAGGGAAUAAAGAAACAGUAAAGCAGAUAAAGAAAAUAGAAAAGAGAAUGGCAGAAAGACCUAGAGGCACAAAAUUAUAGCUUUUAUUCGAAGGUUUAAAAGAUAGAUGAAAAAAAUCAGUUUCUAAAAUUCACCACAAAAUAGUAAAUGUAGGAUUGAUUACUAGAAAAUCCACAAUUCACAGCAAAUUUGGAAGUACCAUAAUGAUGUCAACUCAUUUUAAGAGACAGAAGACAAGUAAUUGGCGGAGAAAAGAAACAAACACUGCUAGCCUAGUUACUCAUUUGAAGCUGUCAGAAACAGUAAAACACAUACCAAACAAUCCUAACAGCAGAUCAAAACAAAUGCAACUUGGCCACAUGCAUGAACUGCUAAGAGAACUAAAGAUAUUCAUUAGGAUUUUACUACAGCAGAUGCUGAAGCAGGCACAGGAAAAUGUUAAACAUUUGACCAAAACUUCUGCCAAAAUCCCCUCAGAAACUCCUUAACAUGCCUCAAUUUAAAAAAUUCAGGAAUAAAGAAAAAUUCCUGUGAAACAUUGACUAAAAUCUAAAAGUGUUGAGGUGAAAGAAAUUCUCAUAUUGCAAAUUGGGAGGAAAAAAGCAUAGUUAAGCUUUAUAAAAAUAUCUUCAUCUCAGUUUCAGUCUCUUGGAGAGAAGGAAAAGAAACUUUGAAAAAGACGUGGAUUUGAACUUUUUCUUUUCCUAGAAAAAAUCAUUAGUUUGUUUAAUAAAAAUUCUUCAAGCUAAUGUUAUUCAGCCAAAGUGAAUUCAAGUAUUUUACCACCAAAAUAAAAUAUUAGAAGUUUGUUAGUGUUUAAUGGUACUUUAUUGAAAUAUGGCUUUGUUUAGCUAGACUUUUAAAUUCAUUUUCAAAUAUAUUGAUUCUCUAUGUUCAUUCACAUGAGUUUGUUAUAUCAAGCAUAUACAGUAGCUGAAAUUACUUUGGAUAAACAGUAAGCAAGUCCAUUAAAAUAACAUUGCAUAAGUGCAGACUCUAAAAGGGUGGAUUGCCCUUUGGUCUCUAUUCCAAUAUUUUCACUGGCAUAUCCUUGACUUUCUUUUUGUCUUUGUAACUUCUACACAGGUCAGUGGGCCAAAUUCUGGCACUGCAAAAGAGCCAGCCUCCAGAAAACCCACAGCCAGCAAUAGGAGCACAGGGAAAAAGUUGGCUGUACUUAUUCUGGUCUCUUACAGUCACAGUCAGAAAGUGGUUUCCCCGCAGACUUUCCAUGACUAGAGCUGCAGAAGGGGCUUUAUAUAUGGUGUGAUCUAAUAGUCAGGGGAUAUGAUUGAGAUGUCUAUCCACAUAUGCUCACUGAUGUGGUCAUGCCUUCCACUCAUAGCCCUUCUGCAAAUUAUUCCCAUCUUGUCUAGAAAUAGACUGUCAGAAGGAACUGUGUCUGGGGUUGAUUUUGGCUGGAAUACACUUUUACAUUAAUGCUAAACUUAAAGGGGCAAUAAAUGAAAUAAUUACUCUUAAUAUUAGCAUAGUGAAAUAAUACUAUAUUAAGUCAAAGUACACAAUCACAUGCACAAUGUUAAUUCUUGAAAUCAAGAGGGUCAAUUAGUCCUCAGUGGAUGGGCCACUUUAAAAAAUGAUGGGUCAUACACUGAAUAUUCAUUCAAAUUUUCUUCCAAAGAUAGUGUUGAAUGGAAUUCAACUUUAAUGAAUCAUCUUACCAACAUGCUGAGAACUUGAUAUCACAGAGCAGUUACUGGUCUUUGUUGAAAACACUAUCAAAUGUAAUAUAGCCUUUUAACACUAACCUAUCAGGCCAGUCUGAGUUGUAAAGAUCUGUGCUGGAAUGACUUUCUUUGGGUUUUCCCCCAUUUUUUUAUUCCUUUUUAAAAAUUCUGCUUUAGAGAAUAAAACUAUAGCAUAUAUAACAAGAAACAUAUUGUGACUAACCUUAGACUAGUUUCAGACUUGGAGGUUUCAUAGUUAGCUAAUUAGAAUUAAUUUAAUCUUUUAGUGCAUAUGUCAUACACUCUACGGGACACUCUAUACUACUGAUAUAAACUGUGUUAAAGGUCAGGGUCGAACCAUGAUGUGGCUCUGAGGCAGUAAUCUCCAUGAAGAUCCCCUUGUGGGGUAUCACCACUAUUUGUGUGGAGGGGCUGGGGAGACUAUGGGCUCAGUGCACAAAUCUAGUGGUUCCCAGAGAAUUUGUGAUAGGCCCUGAUCAUCCGUUCAGAGGCCCAAUGCCUAUGAGCCCGUACUCUCAGCAGCUCCCCUCAUAGUGUGGCUUUAUUGGGGCAUCUCUACUACAGACCCACACUGGCCACAGUUUCCUCUUGAAAUUCCAUUGGAGCUUCACUGGGUGCAGAAAGGUACAAUAUUUGUGUCCUGCUCCUGGCCUGUCCACCCUGCCCUGUAUUUUCUUUAGCAGUGUUAAAAUAGAUAUUCUAUAUUAUGUACAAACUUUCAUAUUUCCCUUGUUUAUUUCAGUGUACCUUUUAUCUUGCGCGUUCCUUGUAAAAUAAUUGUUUAUAUCUUAUAUUGUAUUUUCUACUGUACAUUUAUAUUAAAAUGUCUUUUAUUAUCCUUUAGAAAAUAUUUUUAUUGUAUUGGUUGCAAAAGCCGACCAUCUGCUAUUUAUAAAACAUUCAUUUGUAAAGUUUCUCUGUUUUAGUACAGUUAAGAAAAUAGAGUGGGCAAAUGAAAAAAUGUAACUGGGGGGAAUA